GGUUAACUUGGUCCUUAUCGACUUGUUGCAGAAUUGAUCUUAUUUUAUUCCAUCUGGUUAUGCUUCAAGGUAAAUAUAUCGAGUACGACGACUAAACACAUUUACCAUUGCACUUAAGUUUUUUAUGCAACGCAAAGUUGUAUAUUUUUAAAAAGUAAGAUUAGUAACACAGGCCGCGCAUUCCCUCCGAUAUGCCGACCCUCGCCCUCGCUAGUUACCACACUCGUUCUGGCUACAUUCCGGCUUUGACUCGUGUGUUCAUGGAUUGUGGUGUUGCAACCACUUUUGUUUCCUUAUUUAAUCAAAAAAGUCCGCUUGAGUAAUAUAUCUGUAACUCAUAGGGGUAAGGGCCAUUUUAAAAUCAUAAGCCUUCAGCAACUCUUAUUGGAAAAAAAAAGAUUUUUUUUUUCUUCCUUCUGUGGCCAUUGUAAUAAUUUCCCACUGUGCAAGCUCUUCAAGGGAUCGUUCAUUGUCUCUAUAUUGCCAAAUACACUACACAGUCUUCGUAUGGAAUUUUCGGAGAAAUCCAAUUAGGCUGAGUGGAAUCUAGUUUCUAACAGAAAAAAAUUAAAGUAGAUAUGACUUGUAUUAUUCAAUUGUAAAUUUAAGAAAAUAAAGACAUGUUAAUCAAUUUUGAGGAAAGUGAUUAGGAAUCUCAGAUAGAUGAUUGGCAUUGGUCAGUACUGUCUACCAGUCUACCUACUCUUAGUCUUAGUCUUACUUAGCCCUAAGCCUCUUAUUGUAUAUUUAGCAUUGUUGAAUCUCUUCAAAUCUUAGUAAUAUGUACAACAAGGGCGCUCAAACAUAUUGGGAUAGGGCCAGAUUUUGGGUUUGGACAUGCCCAGAUAGUUUGUGAUAGCGGAGGAACUGACCACCCGGGGCAAACCAAUGACCCGGGAAAGCCCACAUGUUGGCUUGUGGCUGUGCUACUUGUUUGACCACUUUAUUCAUUGGAUCCUUGCUGGGGCUGAUUCUGUCAGUGGGGCUGAUGAGACCGAAUCCGGCACAAAAGGUUUUUGAGCAGUGGUUGCAAGGGAUGAAUAAGUCAUCUCAGAUCUGCAUGUGCAGAGUUAACCCUUGCCUUACAGCAGCUGUUCUGUUGGCUUUGCAAUUCAUUGAGCCUUUGUGUGGAGAGGAGCACCACUAUGCUCUCCUUUCCAGAUUCUUCCCAAAUAUCUGGGCUCAUACUGAACGCUAUGAUGUUAAUGCCUACAUUGCCACAUCAACCAUUGUGUACCAAAGGUCAUUUUAUAAAAAAAUUGACACCAAAUUUUUGUAUAGUAGCAGUUUUCAAUAAAGUUAUUUUCUGGUUAGAAUUAUUCAAGUAAAUUAUGUGAACAUUACAAUUAUUUUAGUUCAGAAAUUCAACAAUGUUUUAGUUCACUAAGUUUAUUAAAAGAAAAAGCAGUAUUCUAAUAAAUUAUUCCUUGGUCUUGGUUGCUGAAAAUUGUCAGUAUGAGAAAUGAAACUGAAAUUUUUUUUCCAAAUCAGUGUCAAGUGGAACUUUGCUUCAGAAAGAAAUUGGAUUUCUGUUGCAGCUCAUUGACAAUCAUUUUCCUACCUUGUAUCGAAAUAUUAAUAUUAAGCUCAUUAAGAUAGCCAUUAUUGUCUAAAAAAUUUUUGUUAAAACCUUCUUUUCUAUAUUUAUCCGAAAAAUUCACAAACUCUUAUGUUGUAAUGUUUUCACUAGGGCUGAUAUGCUUAUUAUUACUGUUGCUGUGUCUAGAAGCAAUGUGACUAGCGCAAACCAAGGUGAUUUUAUUUCAUAGCUUUUAAAAAUAUUUGGGCACCUCCCACUACUCCUCCCAUGCACACCCCAAUGCUUUCAUAACAACAAAAAUAUCUUCAAAAUCACUUUCAUCAAGAAAUAAUUCAAAUAAAUUAGGCUUUUAUUUAGCAGGGCCAACAUCUGAAUCCCGCAAGUUUGUUUUCACAAACAACAUUUUUGCUUAAAAAAUGAACUCAUGAAAUGUUUACCGUACCUUAGUUUUCUAUAAAUCUAAUUUGUUAGAGUUAUCCCCUCUUCAAACAACCCUAAAACAUCCAUUUCACAUUUAUAAUCGGUAGCGGCCGAUUAUAUUGGCCGUAACACCACAGAAGCAGCCAUAACGGCCGUUAGGACAGUUCAUGGGUUAAACAUUACUAUGGUAUCCCUGUCCAUACUUGACGCAGUAAUUUUAAAGUUGAAGAAUUCAAAUGGUUUGAAGGAAUGAUCAAAAUUAUACAUUUUUUAAGUAACUAGUUUCAAAUUUGUAUUUAGUAAGACAAGAUGAAAAAAACAACUUCUGUUAGUAAUAUGGAACUGUAGAUUUAUGACCCAUCAUCCCAUUCAAAAAUGAUUUUACUAAUCUAACCAUUUGGAUAUAUUCCACAGGAACUUUUGACUAAUUAGCGACACCAAGUUUCACAACUGACUAGCUAUGGCCAGCAGUGUCAGUGCUCCUGUGGUCGUGCCUCAAGCGACCAAACGAACCCAUGCUGAGAUGUCAGGUGCUGAAGCUGCCAGUCAGCCCAACAUUCUGCAGCCUUCAUUACCUUUAGAAACACCAGGGUCUGCAGUAGCUGCCUCUGAUGGGAAUCCUCCAUCAGAAGACCACACAUUGUCCAUGAAUUCUGAAACUGCCAAUAACGCCACCAAUGUCCUGAUAGCCAACAAAGCAACAAAUAGUUCUAACUCAUGCUCCGUGAAAAACGAUACAGCAGUGGAUCAGUGUUCAACUAAAGGAAAGAAAAAUGAAGUGUCAGGUCCGACUAAAUCGACAUCUGGAGACAACGGCUUGGCUUCAGAUAAUAAAGCUGUGGUUGACGGCGCCUCAUCUGAAAAAGCUGUGGAUGGGCCAGUUCAUCAGGACAAAAAUAAAGAUGUUGCAGAUUCUUUGCCUGUGCCCACAAGCAGUGCUCUGGCACCAUCCUCACAGUCUGUGAUAGUGACCAGCAACAGCGAAACAACCAAAUCAACACCCGAGCCCAUGGAAACAUCGGUUGCCACAGCAAGUCAGGACACCGCACGACCUAAUUUGGAAACGGCUGCAGCUGGGUCUACAGUGGUCAGUUCAGAAAACAGCAACCAGCUGAACACCAGCAGCUCUGAUAUAAGCAGCAAACCAAAUUCAAGUAAUGCACAGCUGGAAGAUGGGGAGGAGCCAGAGAAGAAAGCAAAGUUGAUGCCAUCUUCAGGCUCAGGCAAAGCCACUGGGAAAACACCGGAGCAGAUUUUGGAACACAUGGACAAGACCUUUGAACAGAGGAGAAAGAUCAUAACCAAGCAGAUGCCCACAAUCCCAGAACUGAAAAAACUCUAUCCAGAUUUAUUUAUGGGCAAACAGCUUCUUAUAGAAUUCCAACGUAUCACAAAGAUUGAUAUUGAUCAGAAGAUUCAAGAAUUUUGUGUCAGGUAUGCCACUGCGGUCAUUGAGAUGGCCAGAAACAAGAAAGGAGCAGCGCCAGUUUUGGCCAGAUGGGAGCAAGCUAAGCAGGAGAACGACACUUUAAAACAGUAUUGGGAUAUGGUGACGGCUUUGUGUUUACUGCCCUUGCAUUUCGGUGAAAACUUUGUGGAGAUGGUUCUGGAGAUUGGUGAAGAUGAAGAAGUCGUGGCCCAAGGAAAAAUAGUCCCUACAUUAGUGGCACGUGGAAACAUAUUUCGCACUGAUGAGUUCUUCUUGAUUGCUGAAAACACGAUUGUUCAAGAAUUUGAGGAAUUCACCAUUGCAUUUGCUUCACUGUAUUCUAGCUACUGGGUUUUCAAUAUGAUGUACCCUGAAACAAUUGAAAAUACUUAUAAUUACAUUCAGCGAUGCAUUGUUCGACAGCGUGAACCAGGUUCAAUCCCAACAGUGUGCAAAAAUUUCACAAAAGCACUUCAAAAAUGGAACAAGGCAAAAGAAGGGAAAUAGAUUUUUAUCUUCAGAAAAUUUUUCUUUUAGGAAAAAGUUGUCUUUUAUUAAAAAUAUUUAUUUUUGGAUUGUGGAUGCAAAAGUUGUUAAGAUUUCCCUUAUCACCACAGAAAACUUAUCAUGAUUUUUUACACUUGUCAAUAUUUAAUAAAAUGAAAUCCAAGAGAGGCAGUUAGAUAACCAUUUCAUAAAAAAUAAUUACAUUAUUCUUCAUUGGUGAGGCUUAUUAUUUACUACCGG